ACACAGUGCUGCAGAGAGGAGAAAAGGAGAGGAGAAGCAGACCCUCAACCAUCAAAACACACUGUGUCCUACCAGCAAAGAAGUUGGGUCAAGAGGAUGGCCGGCCGUGUGGAGCAAGUGCUGCUGGACUAAAGGGGAUGAUGGCGAGUGGAUCGGGGUGCGCCGCUGGAGGCCCGGCAGAAGCAAUGCACCACACCUGCUUGUGCUGCUGCUACUGUUCACACUGUGGAGAAGUGUUCCAGACGGAGUUCUUCCAUGAAACAUGCCAGCAUGGAUGGUCUGCAGGCCCAUUCUCAGAUCCUUGUAGGCUGGGAGACGUUCGCAGAGAGGAGCAGCCAGUUGGUCAGGUCCAGAGGCGCACCAGGCGACACCGCACUAUUUUCACGGAGGAGCAGUUGGACGCUCUGGAGGAGCUCUUUCUUCAGAACCAGUAUCCGGAUGUGAACACCAGGGAGAAGCUAGCACAGCAUACUCACUUAAGAGAAGAAAGAGUAGAGGUAUGGUUUAAAAACCGAAGAGCAAAGUGGAGGCGCCAAAAACGACAGACAUUUGACACGGGAGACAUGGACAAAUGAAAUGUGAAGAUUUCAGACCUAUGACGGAAGAUAUUAGUUUGUGUGUGUGUGUGUGUGUGUGUGUGUGUGUGUGUGUGUGCGUGCGUGUGUGUGCGUGUGUGUGUGUGUGUGUGAAUGAUGCAUGCACGUCUGUGUGGCAAACCCAUAGUGCCAUGCACAAUUGUCAAAAAUGU